AAACGCCGGGUCGGCACUUUCCCCUCAAGCUCGCACCGCUCUCCACCAAUGGCUCAGCAAGCUCAGCCAACCCAGACCAGCCUAAACCCUAACCCUCCGCCACCAGGAGCUCCAUCGACGGAGGACGAUCCGUACAAGUCCACAACCGCAAAGCGCCGCCGCGACGAGGAUGCCUUUGAGGCGACGGAUGAGGCGGGCACCUCGGCGGAGGUCGUGCCGCCGUUGAAAAAGCGCGUAAAGGUUUCCCAGGAUAUUGUGUACCGCAUCAUCGUCCCGUCGAAGCAGAUCGGGAAGGUUAUUGGUAAAGUGGGGCAUCGAAUCCAGAAGAUUCGAGAGGAGACCAGGGCUACAAUUAAGAUAGCCGACGCCAUAUCUAGACAUGAAGAGAGGGUUAUCAUCAUCAGUUCGAAAGACAAUGAUGGCACAUUUUGUGAUGCUGAGAGUGCCCUUCAUCAAAUUGUGACAUUAAUUCUAAAGGAUGAUGAGAGCAACAUUGAAGCAAUGAAAGCUGGUGCUGGGCAUGUGCCAGCAAAUUCAGUAAGGUUUUUGAUUGCUGGUUCUCAAGCAGGUGGUUUGAUUGGGGUGUCUGGCCAAAAUAUUGAGAAUUUGAGGAUUUCUUCCGGGGCUACUGUUACGGUUCUCGCUCAACACCAGUUGCCACUUUGUGCAUCUGCCCAUGAGUCUGAUCGUGUGGUGCAAGUUUCUGGAGAUAUUCCUGCAGUCCUGAGAGCAGUAGUGGAGAUUGGUUGUCAACUGAGGGAUAACCCUCCUAGACAAGUAAUCACUAUAAGCCCAACAUAUAAUCUUGGCUUUAAUCGCCCUCUUCAUCAAUAUGUUGAUCCAAAUUCAGCUGAAUAUGUAAAUGCGACUAUGUUGAUUCCGGAGGCAUUGGCUGGUGGCCUGAUAGGGAGGUGUGGCUCCAACAUUUCCAGGAUCAGAACUGAAUCUGGAGCAACAAUUAAGGUUUAUGGUGGGAAAGGUGAACAAAAGCAAAGACAAAUCCAUCUUGGCGGUAGUGCACAACAGGUUGCCCUGGCAAAGCAAAGGAUUGAUGAAUAUGUAUAUUCCCAGCUGAUGCUGCAAACUGGUGGCCAGCAGCUUCAAGAAACAGUGCAGCUACAGCAAUCAUUACAGUUGCAACAGACAAUGCAGCUACAACAGCCAAUACCCGAUGCAUCUGCUUCUCUGUUGCAAGGAUAUACUCAAGGGCACGGGCUUUAUGUUAACAGUAAUCAAGGAGGUGCUAUGAUGGCAUCCUACCCACAAGUCUACUCAUCAACCGCAGCCAAUCAAGCUCCCGCCUAUUAUGGUCAGUCAUAUUAUCCCGCCCCUCCAAUUUAGGCAUGGCCAUGAGUGUUGCUCUUUAACACCUUCCGCUUUAAUCACAUGAUGGAUGUACAAAUAGUGAGUUAUGCGGUGCUGAAAUUACUCUUCCUAUGAACUGUGAUGUAGCUUUUGUAUUUUAACGAUUGAUUUUGAUUUUACUUGGUAAAACGUCGUAGGACAUAGCCUCUAUUGCCUUGCCUCCUUGUUGAAAUGUUGAGAAUUAAGUUAUUUUCUAGGUUUUCAAAUCUCUUAAACAGUUUGGUCAUAUCAUCCAAGUGAAGUGUAUGGUAGGCCUGCGAGUACUUUAUUUAGAUAAGAUAGCCAUGUUUGUAUCAGUGCUUGGAUUAUUAUAAUUUUAGUGGGAAAAUUUUCAUAUUGAUGUAAA